CGAACAACAUCUGAGACCGACAACACUUUGAAUCUGGAUCCCGCCGUCAAUCACUCCUCCAGUUACCCGAGGUUUAGCCCUCUGAUGCUAUUUUCAUUCUUAUUCCGUCGCAUAGUCGUGGUCGCAAACCACGUACAUCCCGACCGACCCUUACGCCAACCCAUCCCCUCGAGCUAGUCUCACCAUCCACUCGUUACGCACCGCGAAUUCCCUCGUCCGGCUUCCAUUCCAACCCCUCGUGAGGAACGCCUCACCACCAUUCCAUACGCCUAUUCAGAGCAUAGUCUCGUAUUUCAUUCGUUUCAUCUUUUCGCAUCCUUCGUCUCACGAAGUCGCCUUUUCAGACUUCUCUGUAGCUACCGUCGAACGUCGCGGUCGCCGUUCGACAAUCGACCGCGCACUCUUGGCUAUCGGACUCGGACCCUCGACUGUCUCGCGAUCGACACUCUUCAGCCAUCUGGCGAUCGACAAUCUUCAACCGUUCGUCCCCAUCACGACGAUCCAAGCCCUGAUACCACAUCGGGUUACCCAGAACAGCAUCACCCCCAGGAUUGUCGCAGUCAUGGCUGCAUCCAACUCAAACCUCUACUUUCGUUCUCUCGAGGAGCUCUCCUCUGGUGUCGCAUGCUCUUCGGGCGAAGUCUGCACCUUCACUGUUCCAACAUGCAAUUCGUGCGCCAAAGCUGUAUGCCGCAAGGACGCAACAGUCGCUCCCGAAAGCAAGAGCGACAAGAAACCCAAUACGGGCGCUAUUGCGGGAGGUGUCGUGGGUGGCGUCAUUGCCAUCGCCGUCGUGACCUAUCUAGUCUGGAGAUUUUGUAUCAAGCCUCGACGUCAGCACCAGAUCGCACAGGAAUCCUACGAAGAUGAGCCCGACCACAGAGUUGAAGCCGAGAAGGAAUUUGGUGCGCGUCGCGACAAGCGCUCAUCAGUCCACACGGUCCACUCGAUCGCCUCGACAGUUCUCACACGCGCCUCCAACAUCAUCCAGAUCGCCUACAUCCCCGGUGUUACAAAUCGCGCUACACCAACUUCGCCAACUCUGCUCGUACCCCCGGUCCCGCCCAUCCCCAUGCACGCCUCAAGCCUUGCCUCCAACAGUCCCAGCUACGAGGACCAGCACUUCUUUGUGCCCGGCGAUCUACGGGAUUCUACGUACUCUGGUCUGUCUGGGGAUAGCGAUCGCAUGUCCUACGCUCGCACCUCUUACGCUCCUCGCUCCAGCAUUGCUCCAAGCAUUGCUUCAACCAUCUACGGCAAGAAUGCCGUCGUCGUGGCCCCAGCGCAGACUGGUAUGAGGGCAAAGGCUGCCAUGGUCAGCGUCAAAUCCAUGGGUGGCUCGGCCGGCGGCGAGGUCACACCUCCCGUGCCGAGCAUUGACUACGACAAGUUCGAUGCUGCCAAGCCUAGGGACAGCACGUUCAGCGUUGGCUCGACAUUCCUCAACAAUGCGAGUACCACGACUGCUACUCAGGGCCGCGCCCAAGUCAUCCGUCUUGGAAGCGGUAACCAGGUAAAGCAGGUCAGCGUUGGCUCCAGAACGGACGACGAAUCGUCUGUGACUGCCGGCCGGACAGCCUCAAGCUCAACUUCUAUCCGUGACUCCAAUGCCGUCACCGUUAUUGACGAGAGCCCUUCCGUUGAUCAAGGUCCCUUUUCCGAUCCCCCAAGCAUUGCUACUCGCCAGAGCACCACAAGCCUGAGUGCCGUGAUCGAAGAGGCGACGAAGCGGGCGGCACAAGGACCCGACAGGAAAUCGAAACGCCAGAGCGUCCAGGAGCGUCACGAGCGCGGCACCAGCCCAUUCGGCGACGAGCACGCGACAAGGGACUAG